AGCGCUUCAUCUGGAAAGACACUGUAUCUCUAAUACACGCGCACACGCGCACACACACGCGCGCACACACUCCGGUGCACAGUGCAGCGCGCGCGGCAGCAUGACCGGCGGUCCUAAAGACGGAGAAACCGAGGAAUACAUCCACUCACCAUUCAUCAGGAAACAGGGGAACAUAUACAAGCCAAACAACAAAGACAUGGACAGCGGCAGCAUCAACGAGAAGACCUUGGAGGACGUCCACACCAAGGAGAUCGACCUGGUCAACCGCGACCCCAAGCAUUUAAACGACCAUGUAGUGAAGGUGGACUUCGAGGACGUGAUCGCUGAGCCGGCAGGCAUCUACAGCUUCGAUGGCGUGUGGAAAACCAGCUUCACCGUGUUCACGGUCAGCAAGUACUGGUUCUAUCGGCUGCUGACGGCGCUGGUGGGCAUCCCGCUGGCACUAAUCUGGGGCAUCGUCUUCGCCAUCCUGUCCUUCCUGCACAUCUGGGCCGUGGUCCCGUGCGUGAAGAGCUACCUGAUCGAGAUCCACUGCAUCAGCCAGGUCUACUCCAUCUGCGUGCACACCUUCUGCGACCCGCUCUACGAAGCCAUGGGGAAGUGCUUCAGUAACAUCCGCAUCACCACCACGAAGGUGGUGUAGGAGCGAAGAAAGUGAAGGAAGAAAUAGGGGCGGGGGUUGGGGGAGGGGAUGUGGAGUGGGUGGAGUCUCAGAAGGAGGGGAAUAAAGAUAAAAAUGGAGAGAGGGAGUGAGAAAAAAAGCCCUUCAUGUUGAAGAGGUUGACGUGAAACGAGGGCGAAGAGGCUUUUGAGUCUCAUGAUAUUCAGCUCCCUGCAGUCUGGGCUUCUUUACAGAGCUAUGAAAUAUUAUUAGGGAUUUUAUUCUUUUGUCAUUUGUUCAAGUUUAUCACUAAACGAACAGAAGAUUUUUUUUUUCACAGCCUCGUGUUUUCUUCUGCUUCCUGGGACAAGGCUGUCAAUCUGUUGCUUUUGUUUUUGUCCCUUUUUCAUUGGUCGUUUUUUUUUCCCGUCAGUUUUUUUUUUCACUUAAACUUUUAACAUCUUAUCCUUUUUUUUCUUUUGUUCUUCGUAAUUCUUUGUGGAAGUUAAAGGAGAACUGAAGUCAUUUUUAAACUUGCUUUAUUUCUUAAUUAACGUGUUAUUCAGUUACGUUUUCGGUUUUAGUAACCUUAUAUCGUGACUCGUAUUGGCAACUAAUUGCAAUUAAAUAUUAUACUCAUCGGCCUGUUCGGUUUGUAGCCGUGUUGAAUUUAAUUCGUUUGGUCCACGGCAGGCGUCACUUAUCCGCGCGAUCUUCACGAGACUUGUGCGAGACUUCGAAACGUGAAGAAGUGUCAGCCAGGUGUCAGCGCUGCCAUUUUGAAAACUGUUUUCCAAACGAAGUAUUGCACAAAAACGAGUUUAAAUGACGAUUACUGCCUACUUUUUUCAAAUUUCCCUGAUUGCUAUCAAAACAAACAAAACUUCCGGCUUGAUUACGUCAGCAUUCGAAAGAGGGCACGCGCGACUUUUGACAACCCCUGUGUCCGAAAUCGCUCCCUACUCACUAUAUAGUGAGGACGCCAUUUUGUAGUGCUGUCCGAAACCUUAGUGAGGAUUAUUUACAGCCUAUAUAGUGCACUCAAAGUAUCCCACAAUGCAUCACGAAAUGUAGUGUACAACCGAUGGUCACUAACCAAAGCAAUAUAUCCCAUCAUGCAUUGCAGUCACGCUGAAAGAAAUCAAAUUAAAAGUCUCAAAUUUGAUUUAAUAAAAGUCAGAGGCAAAGAAGAAAGUAUUCAGCCUUGAUUUAAAAGAACUGAAAGCUGCAGGUACUUUGUAUUGAUUAAUGUGUGAAAUGCGCUCAGUAUAAUAUGGAUUUAUCACAAAAACACAUGCAUAUAUUUAUUAUUUUGAAACCCACCAGCCGACUGAUCUGGCACGUUUUAAUUGUGCGACAGUAAUGACGUAAAUACCAGCGCGACGGACUAGUGUCCGAAAGUGUUUUUUCAUUUUACCAAUGAGCUCACUGUAUAGUCCUCUAUACAGUAAUUCCCUAUAUAGGGAGUAGGGAGUAGUAAACGAGUGAGUGAUUUCAGACACGGAACAUUGGCAGAUGUCGGUCGCUUUGAUUUCCGCUGUACGUUUUACUUCCGUCCUACGAUGUCUCGCACAGGUGGUCUCAACGAAUCUCGUUUACGGCCGUUGCUUUGACAUAUGGACUGAUGUAUUACAGAGCAUAUUUCAAGCACUCAUAACUUGCUAUAGCAGCGACAAAAUAGCUCUCAAAAAUGCAUUCCGAUAUUUAAUAAAAUGAGAUAAAUAGAAUUUUGAUAAUAAAAAAUUUGCCUUCAGUUCUCCUUUAAAUAAAGUAUAGAAAGUUACCUUUCUUCCAUGUGGAGAUGCACAAACAUCAUGGACAUCAUGGAUCCCAGGCCAGGAAAAGUGACUUUGUAGUUAUUUCAUAAAACACUUAACGUGUGAAAAAGCAUAACAGUUUACAAAAUAAAAAAGAUAAGCAUUUUCAAGAUAAGCUUUAUCGAGACCCUCUGUCUCGAAGGCAGCAGCUUUAUAAGGAAACGAAACUUAAUGACACCAAAUUUCUUUCCUGUUUAAUCAUAACUACUGUCUACUGUCGAAAGAAUGACUCUAUAUGUGACAUAUAAAGCACAGAGUUUCACGUUAACCUUUUCCCUCUACAUGUAAGAAAACAGCCUCAUAAACUCCACAUAGACAAAGAUCGAGUGGUAGUUGAUCAUCGCGUUUGCGUAAUAACACAGUAAGUUUCCCCCCCCACACACACUGAGUGUUUAAGAAUGCAGGAAAGUUAAUUUCCUGCACACGAUUGAGUUUACCAUGACCACGAGAUACAAAAUCAGGUCCAUAAAAUCAGAACGCUUGCACCACUCUCAGUUUUUGGAUUUCUAGUUCUCAAAUUAUCAACAUUAUGAACAUUUUGCCCGAAUUUGACUUAUAACCCAAGAGCAUUAGCUCAAAAUUGAGUCCAACCCGGAACAAAUUAGUAACAAGCUGAAUUUUUCAGAAUAUGUUCAGAAUACCCUUAGGAAUAACAUACUAAAAGUCCCCGGGAAUCCACCUUGUGCUCUCUGAGAAAUUCAAGACGGCGUCCAAAAUGGCCACCGAUUGGAGAUUUUUCAAUAUCUCAGGGAUAAAACAUAAUAUAAAUGCAAUUAAAAUGUUAAAUUAUAUGUUCUCUCAUACAAGCAAUGCAAAUUCACCAUUGUCACACCGUUAAAAUUAAAAUUAACCAAGAUUACAAGGUCAUUAAUGUGGAAAUUGCAUGGAAUUUGAUGGUUGACAUGAUUGACAGAUUAGCUUAGUAGGCUACCUACAUACAUGAACAUAAUGUAAGACAACAAUUAGACAUCAGUUUCCUUAAUAUUUAGUGCAUCUUUAAGCUUUGAUAAAAUAUUAAAGGGAAAUUAAAUUUGAGAACUCUAUCUUCUAAAACUACAAUGGCAAGCUGUUUCAGUACACUUCUUCAACAUUCCGGCGACUUUCAUGACAAAAAGGUCUGCAUCAAUAAAAGCUCUUGCUUAUAAACAAUGAGUAGACUUAAACACUUCUCAGUGCCUCAGUUGUAAUGCUUGGACCUUUGUUGUACCAUCAAUGAAGUAGGGAAUUUAUUCAAGCUUGUUUAAGGGUGGAAAAAAAAUUAAUCUUUGAGUUUCUAGCGCCAGUCUUUACUACUAGCAAUGCCAGUGUGUUCGGACAAAAAAUGACUAAACUCAGCAUGACCUUUUAAAAAUGACUGAACCUCAGCAUGACCUUUUAACAUGCCAUUUUUCAUUUUACACCACCAAUUUACUUUAAUUAAUAUUAAUGAAAAUAAGUGCUCCAACCCCUAGUAAUUGUGUUUGUUGUUUUGUGAACAGAAUAGGAUGAUACGGAGUGAACGAGUAACCAAUGGAUCCACACUAUACACAAAUAUACUGUUAUAAUAAUGUGUACAUUGUUAUUAUAUAAUGUUAAUACACAAUGUAAUUAAUACACACAUGUUGGAAUUUACUCUCCUACCCUACAAAACAUAUAUUCUGACCUUUUAAUUGCAUUAAUAUUUUGUUUUGGGCCUGAGAUAUGGGCAGAUCUCCAUUUGGCGGCCAUUUUGGACGCCAUCUUGAAUUUCUCAGAGAGCACAAGGGGGAUUUCCGGGGACUUUUAGUAUGUUAUUCCUAAAGGUAUUCUGAACAUAUUCUGAAAUUUUCAGCUUGUUACUAAUUUGUUCCGGGUAUAACCCUGGGCUAUUAAUUUCUAUUUUCGUGACAAUUCCGACACACCAGGUGCUCUCCUCUGAGUAGCCUAUGAUUGGACAAAAACGUGGGCGUAAUUUCAUGAACAAGCAGUUAAUUUGCAAAUUAAAAGUUCGAAUAAAAGUAAAUCGGUAACUCGUAAUUUUUUUUACCUGAUUGAGGUAAAAAUAUCAAACCUGAUUUUGUUAAGACGUCAAUUUAAAUAACAUAAAACGAUCAAAAUCAACAACAGGGUCGAGAAAUAAUGUACAGGAAAUUGAGACCUCGUGCACAUCUUAUAAGAUAAGAUAAGAUAAGAUAAGAUAAGAUAAGAUAAGAUAAGAUAAGAUAAGAUAAGAGAGCCUUUUUUAUCCCACAAGGGGAAAUUUACAUUGUUACAGCAGCAAAAAAAAAUUAUAGUUAUGUUACGAUGAUUUUUUACACGUGUGCACACAAAAUCAGUGUGCACGAGUUUUAAAAUAAUUUAGUCUUUUUCGUGGCUUCUCCAGGACUCCGUAUACUUAUUGUUUAUUUUGUUACGAAAUUUAUUUUGUUCUUUUUAUAUCGUAAAAUGAUAAAGUGGGCGUGUUCCUGCUGAUUUCCGAGACUGCCCAUGACACUGCAUGCUGCCGUCGCUGUACCGUGGUCCGAACACUCGGCGAACUGACCUGACUUCAGUGAAACGGUCAGCGUCAGCUAACGCGAGAGACUGUACCUUCUUUCGCAACACGAGCGAUCCUUUAUGAACUAGCUUCCUUACAGAACGACAGCUUCGACGCUUAACUCAAACUUAAGAAGCCUUUUAGCACCAGUGAAGGCUCAGCUUUUAGCAUGAAGGCACUGCUUUGGCAAAAUUUCCACUGUAUGAACAUGAAGUAGUUUUUUUUUUCCUCCCAGUCCUUACUCUUAUCCUCUUAUAAAACUUUAUCGAUCAGAUGAUGACGUGCAUUGCAUCAGGACAUCGUUUGUAUGUCUGUAUUUGUUUGUGCAAAAAAAAAACGAUAAGUGCCUGGAAAAAUAAAGUUAAAGAUAUCGAUGCUUGCUGCGUUUUGAUUUGUUUGCUAUCGGACUCACACGCUGGCAAAGACUGGCAGUAAGCUGAAACCUUCAGCCCCUUGGACUCCUGAUGAAACCGGGGCUCUUAACCUCUUCUCUGCUGCCGUUGAGCUCGCCUUGCUGUCUACCUGCUGACUCCGAGGAUGGGAAAAAUGUGUGAUGAAAUUAGCCUCUUGCCAUGCGAGAGCAGUGUUUUUUACAUUCCUUCCCUGCUUUUUUACUGUAAGCAUCACGCCGUGCACAUUAAAAAAAACAUCAAAUGAAA